UUUUCCAUUUGUUAUCGAGCAUCAGCUGAUAAGGAAAGAGCUUGAAGCUGUCCUCCACAUUUAAGAUAACAGCAAAAAUAACAGGCACUUAGCGUUACCAUACUAGGGGCGUGGCAGUUCUCUCUCGUUCGCUUCGCUCCUUUCUCUCUCACGAUAAACUCAAUGGGGUUGUCUAUUUUUAACCUCCUGUUCUUUCCUUUUGGCAGAGUAAUCAGUGUGAGCUGAGCUCUUUCCCUGAAUGAAUCCAAGUAAGCCUGGUGGUUGCGUUCUGAAAUGACCAGCAGACAAGCAACUGUCCAGAGGCUGCCCAAAGUAUAAACUGUGGUUCUAAAGUACCAUGUCCAGCCAAGAAAGUCCUAGUGUGGAGCUUUCUACGACGACAGUCAGUUCAGUUGCUGUGCAGGCUGGGGACUCCAAAAUCGUUAUAGCUGUCAUAAAGUGUGGCAAAUGGGUACAACUUCAACUGGCUGAAUCACAGCCCAAUCUUCUAGAAAUUGGCAGCAGUCAAGAUGAAACCAAAAAACUUCUUCAUGAUCAUGAACUUCUUUUGGCCAAGCUCAAGGCUUUGGAAGAUCGGGUAUGGGAACUCUUGCAGGAAGCAGACAAGACAGCUGAAGAGAACAAGGAUCAGAGUCAGGUCUACGACGCCAUGGCCGAGACUCUGGGUGAAGCAUGGGCAGCCCUGGUGUCCAUGCUUGAAAGAAGAAUGGAGCUCCUUAGGUUGACUUCUGAAUUUUUUGAAAAUGCCUUGGAGUUUGCUAUUAAAAUAGACCAAGCUGAAGAUUUCCUCCAGAAUACUCAUGAGUUUGAGAAUGCUGAGUCCUUAAAAUCACUUCUUCAGCUUCAUGAACAUCAUACUAAAGAACUCUUGGAACGGUCUUUAGCCCUUUUAAACAAAAGUCAACAACUCACUGACUUCAUAGAAAAAUUCAAGUGUGAAGGACCUAAUGUGAAUCCUGAGUUGAUUCAGGGAGCUCAUAGCAGCUGUCUGAAGAUUGACAGCCUUCUUGAACUUCUACAAGACAGGAGAAGACAGUUAGACAAGUACUUGAAGCAACAGUGGCAAGAAUUGAGUCAGGUUCUGCAGAUAUGUCAGUGGGACCAACGAGAAAACCAGGUUACUUGUUGGUUUCAGAAAACGAUAAGAGAUUUACAGGAACAAAGUCUAGGUUCAUCACUUUCAGACAAUGAGGAUCUAAUUCGUAAGCACGAGGAACUGAUAAUAAAAGCAAAGGAAUGGAAUUCUGCUGUUGAGAAGCUGAAGAGUGGGGCACUGAGAAUUCUGCUGUCAAAGGACUACGCGGAGAAAGAACACCUCCAGCUCUCUCACCAGAAACUGAGUCAGCUUCAAGAAGAAUUUGGUCAACUCAUGGUGGAAAGGAAUACCUGGUUAAAGAAGGCAAAUGAAUUUUUUAACAGUGCUAACAAGGCAUUUGAUGUACUUGGAAGAGUUGAAGCUUACCUUAAGCUCCUUAAAUCAGAGGAUUUAAGUCUGGCUGUUUUGGCAGCGAGGCAUGAGGAAUUACACAGAAAAAUUAAAGACUGCACAGCUGAUGCUUUGCAAAAGGGACAAACCUUAAUCAGCCAAGUAGACUCCUGCAGCUCUCAGGUGUCUGGCAUCCACGAGAUGUUGGGGUGCAUUAAGAGACGAGUGGAUCAUCUGACCGAACAGUGUUCAGCACACAAGGAAUAUGCUCUCAAGAAACAACAACUAACAGCCUCAGUGGAGGGUUACCUACGGAAGGUGGAAAUGUCAAUUCAGAAAAUCAGUCCAGUGCUUUCUAAUGCAAUGGAUGUUGGCUCCACCUGUUCUGAAUCAGAGAAGAUUUUGAAUAAAUAUCUGGAACUAGAUAUCCAAGCUAAGGAGACAUCACAUGAAUUAGAAGCAGCUGCAAAAACCAUGAUGGAGAAAAACGAAUUUGAAUCUGAUGAAAUGGUAUCACUUUCCUCUAAAGCUAGAUGGCUAGCAGAAGAAUUAAACCUAUUUGCCCAAAGCAUUGACUACAGAUCACAAGUCCUGCAAACUUACGUGGCAUUUCUGAGGUCAUCAGAGGAGGUAGAGAUGCAGUUUCAGAGCUUAAAAGAAUUUUAUGAAACCAAAAUCCCUCAGAAGGAGCAGGAUGAUGCUAAAGCCAAGCCUUGUUCUGACUCGACUGAGAAGCAGUGGCCGCUAUUUUUAAAGAAGAGUUUUGUAACACAAGAUCUAGGGCUUGAGUUCCUUAAUUUAAUAAACAUGGCAAAAGAGAAUGAGAUACUAAAUGUGGAAAAUGAAGUGUACAUCAUGAAGAACACUAUGGAAAACCAGAAAGCAGAACGGGAAGAACUUAGCCUCCUUCGGCUGGCAUGGCAGCUUAAAGCCACGGAAAGCAAGCCUGUCAAACAGCAGUGGGCGGCAUUCAAAGAGCAGCUUAAAAAGACUACUCACAACUUAAAACUUCUUCAGGAAGCACUUAUGCCUGUGUCUGCACUUGACCUUGGAGGGAGCCUCCAGUUCAUUUUAGGGCUACGACAAAAAUGGAAUGACAUGAAGCCUCAGUUCCAGCAAUUAAAUGAUGAGGUUCAAUACAUUAUGAAAGAAUCAGAGGAGUUAACUGGCAAAGGAGCCCCUGUAAAAGAAAAGUCUCAACAACUGAAGGACCUCAUUCACCUCCAACAAAAACAGAAAGAGAGAAUCCAGGAUUACGAGGAUAUCCUGUACAAGGUGGUCCAGUUCCAUCAAGUCAAGGAAGCGCUGGGACAUCUCAUCAGAUCAAGAGAGCUGGAGUUUGUAGAGCAGCCGAAGGAACUGGGUGAUGCUCACGAUGUGCAGAUUCACCUCUGGUGCUCUCAGGAAAAGCAAGCACGUGUAGACCAUCUCCACAGACUGGCCCUUUCCUUAGGAGUGGACAUCAUCUCAUCAGUGCAGCGGCCUCACCGCUCUAAUGUUUCUGCAAAGAACUUACAGCAGCAGCUGGAGCUCCUUGAGGAGGAAAGCAUGAAGUGGCGUGCCAAAGCUGAGGAGUAUGAACGGAGCCUGUCCCGUAGUUUGGAGUACUGCGCCAUGAGAGACGAGAUAAACGAGCUCAAAGAGUCAUUCAAAGAUGUCAAAAAGAAAUUCAAUAAUUUGAAGUUUAAUUACACUAAGAAAAAUGAAAAAUAUCGGAAUCUGAAGGUGCUUAAAUAUCAAAUUCAACAAGUUGAUAUGUACGCUGAAAAAAUGCAGGCUUUGAAAAGGAAAAUGGAAAAAGUUAGUAAUAAAACUUCUGAUUCUUUCUUAAAUUAUCCAAGUGAUAAAGUUAAUGUCCUUUUGGAAGUCGUGAAGGAUUUGCAAAAACAUGUGGAUGACUUUGACAAAGUUGUGACAGAUUACAAGAAGAAUUUGGACCUGACUGAGCAUCUCCAGGAGGUGAUAGAAGAGUGUCACUUUUGGUACGAAGAUGCAAGUGCCACAGUUGUAAGAGUGGGAAAAUAUUCCACAGAGUGCAAGACAAAGGAAGCUGUGAAAAUUCUCCACCAGCAGUUCAAUAAGUUUAUUGCACCCUCGGUGCCGCAGCAAGAAGAAAGAAUUCAGGAGGCCACUGACCUUGCUCAGCGCUUAUAUGGUUUGGAAGAAGGACAGAAAUAUAUUGAGAAAAUAGUGACAAAACACAAAGAGGUUCUUGAAUCUGUGACUGAAUUAUGUGAGUCCCUCACAGAGCUUGAAGAAAAACUGAAGCAGGGAGACGUUUUAAAGAUGAAUCCAAAUUUGGAAGACUUCCAUGAUGAUUACAUUGACUUGCUAAAGGAACCAGCAAAAAAUAAGCAGACAAUAUGCAAUGAAGAAAGGAAUAAGGGGCAGGUACAGGUGGCAGAUCUUUUGGCCAUCAAUGGAACAGGGGAAGAUCGGCUCCCACAAGACCUGAAGGUGUCCGCUGACAAGGAGGGUGGCGUCCAGGGCCUGCUCCUGCCUGAAGACAUGCUCUCAGGGGAAGAAUAUGAGUGUGUCUCACCUGAUGACAUCUCCUUGCCUCCUCUCCCAGGAAGCCCUGAGUCCCCCCUUGCACCAUCUGACAUGGAGGUGGAAGAGCCUGUCAGCUCCUCCCUCAGCCUUCACAUAGGCAGCUAUGCGGUGCAGGCUGGGACCAGCAGCCCAGGGAAUGCCCGGGAAUCUGUUCUUCCACCACCUGUUGCAUUUGCGGAUGCAUGCAAUGAUAAGAGAGAAACAUUUUCAAGUCAUUUUGAGAGGCCCUACCUCCAGUUCAAAGCCGAGCCCCCACUAACCUCCAGAGGAUUCCUGGAAAAGAGUACUGCCUUACACAGAAUCAGUGCUGAACAUCCAGAGAGCAUGAUGAGUGAAGUGCAUGAGAGAGCUUUACAGCAGCACCCUCAGGCUCAGGGCGGUUUGCUAGAAACACGGGAGAAAAUGCAUGCUGAUAAUAACUUCACUAAAAUCCAAGAUAGGCUGCAUGCUUCCCCUGAUGCAUUCUCAGGCCUCAGGUUUCAAUCAGGCACCAGCAGGGGCUAUCAGAGGCAAAUGGUUCCUCGAGAAGAGAUUAAAAGCACGUCAGCAAAGAGCAGCGUGGUCAGCCUAGCUGACCAGGCACCUAAUUUCUCCAGGCUCCUGUCUAAUGUAACUGUCAUGGAAGGUUCUCCAGUGACUUUGGAAGUUGAAGUAACAGGAUUUCCAGAGCCUACACUGACAUGGUACAAGAAGGGCCAGAAACUGUCUACAGAUGGGCACUUACAGGUUUUACACAAGGAGACAAGGCAUUCCGUGUUCAUUCCGAAGGUAUGCAAGGGAGACGAAGGCCUCUAUGUGGCUCAGGCCCAAAACCCUAGCGGCACUCUCUCUUCCAAUGUCAUCCUCCAUGUGACGGGUAACUGCAGGCCGCCAAUCACAAGAAUAAACUGGAUAACGCUGUGUGUCGUCUAUGUUAGUGUGUCCCUAAUGUACUGGCUACUCACACAAUAACUGUGGUAUUGGCACCAAUGGACAUCAUUCUCAUGUACCUAAAGAACAAUGCCACUGUUUAUCUUCCUGCACCUCCUGCAAAGCAUCUCCCACCAAGUGUAUCUCCAGUCUCAUCACCAUACCUGUUUGGCCAAUACCACUGCUAGGUGAAAUAAUCGAAUUUUCUUGAGUGUUUAAUAUAGUUGAAAAGCUUGAUAAAUUAUCUGUAGUGGAUAAGAACAUAUUUUUGUACUCUAGAAAGAGAUGUUUUCAACAUAAUAUGCAGCAAAACUAUUCUAUGCCUACUCCCUCCUAAUUUAAGGGUGUGCAGAUGAAGGCUGACAUUGGCAUAGAGAUGUGCUAAAUUUCAAAUACAGUUGUUUAUUUAUUUUUAAUUGUAUUUAAAAACAUCUCUUUGUAGGGAAUAUCGGUAGAACUAUUGAAUUGAUGUUGUAUUUUUGCAUUAGCUGUCCUUUAAUUUUGCUUUCCAUGUCUUGAUCUUUUUACUGAAAUGCAUUCUGUGUAAUUUCAACACAGACGACAUUCCUGAGUCUGAUGAUGACACUGUAAAUAAUCAUUCCUCAUGUUGCUCUCACGGAUUUGACAUUGGAGAAUAGACGUGCCAUCAACUUUAAAUAGAGCUUCCAUCUUUUGUCAGCUCUGCAUGUCAUAUAGCAAGAAGGAAUACGGGUUGCAAGAAAGAACCAGCAUUAUUCCUGACAUUCUAUUGAUGUGUUUUGAGCAGCAAUGUGUACAUUGUAACCAGGUGUUUCUGCUUCUAAUCUUGAUUCUGCUGAUGACCAUUUUUAUACUCUAUGGCAAAGUAUCUCAUUGCCCCAGUUUCCUGUCUGGAAAAUGAGUUCAUCAUCUACCUCUUGGGCAAUUGAGAGUUUUCAUUUUGUGUCUUUUAAACAUCUGGAAAAUGGAAAGCACUCUAUGAGGGCUAAGGAUAAUGAUAUUGUUUAAUGUAAUUUGUCAUCAGACUGGCCUCCUGCUCACUAUUUCUUUAUUUUUUUUUUAGAUGCUGUUUUUUUAGAAUAUUAAAUUAAAGGGGUGCUGUUAAUAUGUAAUUUUCAACGAGUUCCAUGGGGGAAAGUGAUGUUUUAUGAAUUAGAACUUAAAUUCCUAUCUAAUUUCUUAAGACUGCAUUCUUUUCAAAGACUUGAAAUUAAACUCAGGAGGAUACAUUUUGUUUGUUCCAAGGGGAAACAUGUAAUAGAAUGGUAUGAGAUGAAUUCUAUCCUUUUAUUAUAAUAAUUGUUACUAUAAUAUUGAAGUAUUCUAUGCCUUUCUGCAACACUUUAUUCAGAAAAGAUCAUUUUUUGGCCUCCUUUUAAAAAUAAGCAUGAAGUAGGGAGGCAUUUGUUUUUUAGAUUUUAAAUGUAGUCUUACUAUGCUGAGGAAAAUCUUCAGUUGAAAGAAUAAUUCGUUACAGAUUUUUGAUGAAGGGAAGAAAUUAAUUAUGUUGCUGGAAGACUGUCUACAAAUAACCAAAAUAUUUAAAUAUAAUAUAUUCAAGUUGUUAUUAAAAAGUUGCUGAAUGUUAUCUGAAGAUGUGAAAUGUGUAGUCAAGUAAAAAGUUGGCAUAUACUUUCUUGUGCUGCAUAUCCAAUUCAAUUAAAAAAUUAAAUCUCCGUUUCCUUCUAAAUUUUGAUAGAACCAUAUUAAAAGCUUGUAUAUACAACAUCCUAAGGAAUUUCUCUUAACUACUUUUUUUUUCUUUUUCUUUUUUUUUUUUUUUUUUGAGAAAGACUCUUUCUCCGUUGCCCAGUGCAGUGGUGCCAUCUUGGCUUACUGCAACCUCCACCUCCGGGUUCAAGCGAUUCUUCUGCUUCAGCCUCCCGAGUAGCUAGGAUUAUAGGCAUGCCUACCUAAUGUUUGUGUUUGUAGUAGAAACCAGGUUUCAUCAUGUUGGCCAGGCUGGGCCUCAGCCUCCCAAAGUGCCAGGAUUACAGGUAUGAGCCACCAUACCCGGCCUCUUGUAUCCUUUUUGUCCAAUUUCAAAUAAUGUUCGAAUCUUGCCUAACUGCUAUUGCCUAUGUUGAAGCUAAAGAGUAAAAACCUGUUCAUGUCCAAAGAAGGCAGGUGAGACCUGGUAACAAACUGUCUCUCUUCCCACUUUCUCUUUCUUAUGAAUUUGGCAGGAUCUCCCUUCCCAUUUUGUCAACAUGGUUGAAUUUGUGUGUUGAGGUUGUUAGGGCAUGGGAAUUCCUGGUUUGCUUUUUCUAUUGCAUGCUUGUUCAUGUUAACUCUUUGGGGAGCAGAGUGAGAUGCAUAUAUAUCCAUGGUGUAUGAUGGAAAAAAGCAUGCAAAAUCCAUUUUGAGAGAGAGAGAGAAAGGUGGGUGUGGGGAGCACAAAGAUCAGAAAAGAGUACUAUGCUGAUAUUCAAGAUAUAGUACAGAUAGCUUUCUGUGUACCUAUCCAUCUACCUGUUCCUCUGGGCUAUUGAUUGACUCCCACAGCAGUAAAGAAUAAUUAUUCAGUUAUUCUUCUGGUUAUGUUUUAAUUUCAAAAACUUAAGUGUGAUUUUCCUUUUUGCUGGGAUUUCUGUCUUGAGCAAACAAUUCUUCUUAUGAAAGUAUCAAUUGCAGUUACUGGUUAAAAACAUAAGACCCAGGAAAUUUAAGUGUUGUUUCUAUUUUAAGGUAUAUACCUAAUUUAUAACCAUUUACUUCUAGAGAAAAUCCUGAAUGGUUAGUAAUAUCAAAAGAUUUUCAACAAGAAAACUAAAAUGAAAAGAAAGAUUAAAAAUUAUAUGUGUUACAGCUCUUCUAGAAUUUGUCUAGCAGGUUUUCUGGUGAAAAUUAAACUCAAGAUUUUCACCAGAAAACUUUUUAAAACUUCCAAACUCUUAAACAAAUUGUAAAUACUUGAUACUUCAAAGAACUGCAAAAUAAAAUGUUUUUAAGUUUUCAUAAGGCAAAAUCAUUGAGUUUUCCAGCUUUGAUUUUCCAAUAAAAGGACGUAUAAAUA